AUGGUCAAGGACAUGGACUAUCCAAAAAUGGCAAAGAUGGAUUUCUGCGAGGUAAUCGUCGAAAGUAUUAAGGAAGGAGCCAAGAUAUGGCAGAAUCACAGGAUGUUGCCUCAGGAAGAAAAGAACAAAAAGCAUAUAAAUGGUUUGGCACAGGGACCAGUAAUCAUGUACCUCGACUCCCUGCUGCUGCCAACCGACACAAAAGAAAUGCGGAAGAUUGCAAAGACAAUGGACAAGACCUCAUUACCACGAGCAAUCCAUCUCAAAGAGAGUGACCUAGCGAAAAUAGCUAGAGCAGACAUGAAAAGGGACGGAAAAGCACGACCAGAUGACUAUGAACUUGGCAAGAUACAGGAACGUACCAAUAGCACGCCAGGCCAAGAUGAACUCCAACAGCAGGAUGGUGUCAACAACCCCAAAAACAAGAAUGAACGCAACAAACAAAGCAACCUCACAACAGAUAAUGCUACAACAACAACUACCCUAACACAAGCACAAGAUACGAUCGACGUCAGAACCAGUGAAGAGGCUCAGCUGGAGAACAAUCAAGUCAGCAGUACCGCCAACCAAAUGCAAGAGGCUGACCCACAAUCAACCAUUAGCAUAACAAACGACAAAGAAGAAGAAAACAACGAAGAGGAGGUAUCACAAGCACUGCAAGACCAAGAGACAACCCGUGUUGAAAUUGAACCCCAUAGUGAACCUCAAACAGACGAAGGCGUCACAGAACAGGAAGUUUGUGUACAAGAGAUUUCCAGUGCCACAACAUUGCAGAUCACCAUCACGAGUACAAAGGAGAAAGCCCAAGACAUCCCAGCCGAUGAGAAACUAGAGACUGUUAUACCUGACAAAGAAAUAGUCGAUGCAGGCACGAAUAACCCAGUCAUCAACACAGAGGAAGAGGAAGCAAGCGAAAGCACUGGCAUAUACAUUGAACAAGAAAAACAAGAGGACAACACAAGACAAGGAGAAGCCGUAGUUCCAGCAGUAGACAGUCCUGCAACUCCAGAGAAAGAGGCACAAGAAGCUCAAGAGAGCACUAACAAUCAAGACCAUCAAACACAACCAGAGGAGCCCAAUGAACAACCCGAACAUGUUCUUCAAAUGGUAGACAAUAAUGCCACUGAAGACCAAGCCACAAAAAAUUCACUCACCAAACAACAGCUACAAGACAAAAACGACGGCAGCGGCGAUGAACUACAAAAGAAAGAACAAGAAGAUGCCCAAGAACCUCCACUCAACGAAGAACAAGCACAACAGUCAGCAGCAGCAACGAGAACAGUAGCAGAGACAACAGAAGCAGCAAGGAUUGAGGAGAAACACGAAGAAGGCGACCACGGAGAUACAACCAAUGAAGCAAACACACAUAUUGUUCUAGAGAAAGAACCAAAAACUAUCGAAGAAAACCCUACACCGUCGUACGAUGCCAAUUCCCCUGGCAGAGAGGUCAGUGCCAACCAGGUCGAGACCGAAAAACAAGACAAAAAAGACCACCAGCAAGACAUGACGGUUGAUAAGGAAAAACAUGAUGCUAAGAAAAGCACAGACGACUCAAAUGAGGAUGGAGCAGAAACUAAACAAAAGGGCACAGUGGAGAAAGGGGGCAAAAAUAGUGAUUCCGUCAACAAAGCCAUCGAAGACCUGUACAACGCUGUAUGCAAGCCAUGGACACAGAGAGAAAUGGAUGAGCUUCUCAUUACAACGGACAAGUUUGAUGUCAAUCUAGGCCAUGUCACCGAAAGCUUCAAGGUCGAUAUGCUGAAGUAUGAAGUCGAUAUGGGAGACAAAGAAAUGCAACAGACAGAAUGUUGCAUACUACAAGAGUUCCCACCAAAUCCCGAGCCAAAAGAACAUAUUAUGCAUGCGACAACCACAAAAGAGCAUGAAGUUAUUGAUAUAUCCAGUAAACACAAAGAGGUUAUGGAUGUCAGCAGCCACGCCGUCACCCAAGAAUCUUGCACAGACCACGAAGAAAAGGAUCCACCAAUAGAACCAGAUCAACCACCAUCAGACGACAAGAUACCACACCAUGCUGAAGAGGAAACAAACGAGCAAAAUAUUAACAGCAAUAUCCCGAGCACAGAGCAACUUGAACAAACAGGAACUGAUUUAAAAGAGGAUGACAGAAGCAACGACGUACCAAAUACACAAGAAUAG